CACAAGGGCAAGACACUUGCCAUUCAGUCUCAAUAGCACCAGGUGGAACACUCUCAGCGGUCGGAUCAUCCAUAUAGACUUCUUUGGACGAGAUCAACCGAGCAGUUGUCCUCCUCGAAUCACCUGACGUCUCCCAGCCCUACGACACCCUCAUCAUGGCGAAUCUCGGAGUUCCAGUCAAACUCUUACACGAGUCUUUAGGGCACAUCAUCACGGUCGAGCUCAAGACAGGCGAGAUGUACCGUGGCAAAUUGAUGGAAGCUGAGGACUCGUUGAACAUUGCGUUGAGGGAAAUCACUGUCACGGCGAGGGAUGGGAGGGUAUCACAGUUGGAACAGGUGUACAUCCGGGGCAGCAUGAUCCGCUUUAUCAUCGUCCCCGACCUGCUGGCCAAUGCACCCAUGUUCAAACGAGUGGGUCCAAAUGCCAUGCGUGGAAGAGGUAUCGGAGCUGCGAGAGGACGAGCGACCAUUCAACGAGCCAACGCUCGGAGAGGUACAACGAGGACCAACCAGGGUGUCCGUCGUUAAAGCUGUUGUGUGUGUGUGUGUGUGUGUGAUAUGGGGAUCAAAAGUCUGUAACAGGACAUGUAUAUGAUAACGCAAUGGUUGCGACGUCACGGCUACCCAUGGUGCCAACUCAGGGAGAACUCAAAAGUC